ACUACUCCGGGCGCUCAGCUCACUACCAUGGCUUGCACUCCAAGCUACUUGUGAACCGGUCAUCAACAUGGGAGAGAGUGAGAAAGAAAAGUCGCAGCACCUGCAGACCCAUAGCGACCAGCCCGAAGGGGGCAAGGCCAGCAGGUCCCGGAGAUGUGCUCCCCUUUCCUACAGUUGCCUGAGGAAAUCGUCCUGCUCAUUUUCUCCUAUUUGGACACCCAGGUUCUGGGGCGGCUCGGACAGGUGUGCAGGAAGCUCUACCACUUCACUAACAGGGAUGCUGUGUGGCGGAGGAUAGCGAAAACCUGCCUCAACUCCGGCUUUCUGCAGCAGGGGACAGACGCUGCUCCUGGAGUUUCAGUAAAGGAAAGAGUGCGAGUUUCUCAGAACUGGAAAUGGGGUCGUUGUCGGAACGAUGUGCUUCUCAAAUGGAAACGCAACUUAAUGCCAUGGAUCCAACUAGAUGGUGAUCGGUUGUACCUUUCCCAGGCAGAAGAAAUCAGAGGGUAUCAACUACGUCCUCACACCAAUGGUCUUCACAGGCGACCUUUUGCUGUGUUUUUAGGCCACCAAGAAGACGUGUGUCGAUUUGUUCUCACCAAUUCUCACAUCAUCAGUGGUGGAGGGGACGGCAAGAUUGUCCUUCAUAAAGUUCACAGUUCCGUCAGUAUUCAGUUCACUGCGCAUGAUCAGGAUGUGAACUGUGUUGACUGUCGUGGAGGAAUUAUAGUUAGCGGUUCCAGAGAUAGGACUGCUAGGGUAUGGUCCCUCUCGUCCAGCCGAGUUGGCCAGUGCCUUCAUACGAUUCAGACCGAUGACAGGGUGUGGUCAGUUGCAAUAAAUCCUCUGUUAAGUUCUUUUGUUACGGGAACAGCUUGUUGUGACCACGUUGCACCGCUGAGGAUUUGGGACCUGCAAAGUGGCAACUUGCUGACCUGUCUUGGAACAGAUUACAGAAGAGGGGCUGGAGUUCUAGAUGUUUGCUUUGAAACACCAUAUACCUUGUUAUCCUGUGGAUAUGAUACCUUUAUAAGAUACUGGGACAUAAGGGCAAGCACCAGAAGGUGUAUGAAAGAGUGGGAAGAACCUCACGAUAGCGCCCUCUACUGUAUACAGAGUGAUGGCAAUUAUAUGAUCGCAAGCGGCUCUUCCUACUAUGGUGUUGUGAGGCUAUGGGAUAAAAGAAUGAAUCAGUGUUUACAAUCAUAUUCUUUGUCCUCUCCAACAAGCAGCCCAGUCUACUGCCUCCGAUUCAGCACCACCCAUCUCUAUGCUGCCCUGGCUUCAGCGCUGCAUGUUCUCGACUUCUCAAUUGCUGAUUCUCAGUUGACAACAAAGUAGACUUCCCAUAACGGACUUUCCGGGCAACUAGAACAUUGUCAAAUGAGGCAUUUACAGGCAGAUUCUGUUAUGCAGGGAUCUAUUGUGCAUUUUUAAUUACUAUAUCCCAUUUUGGGAUCUACUCUGUGAAAUUAGAGAAUAAAAAGAUAUCUUAUCAAAAUAUCUUGGGAAUAUAUAAAACGUGUUUUUAACUUU